GCGCAUUUGUGCAAGCCCCAAUUAUAUAUCCUCUUUAUUCGCCCUUAGCAAAUAAGAACAACCAACUGUUUACAGAUAUCCAAUCCACCCUCAACAACUGAGCUACUUCUAAUAAGACCGACUAAAAACCUGACUCAAUCACCAAACCAACCUUAAGGCCCGCUUCCAGUGUAACGCUCAGCCAUCCACACCCCUCCUACAUCCAUGUCACACAACUUGAGUGGCUUCAUGGCCAACUCAAGCCCCACCAGGAUGGACGAGUGCCACGCCAUCACAGACACGCCGUUUAGCAAAAUGGGCUUUCGGACGCACCAUCUUAGCACGCCGCCGCGCUCAACGUCGCGAACCGCAGCUACGCGCGGCACGCACAGUCCUACAAAGCACACAGAAGAGACAAAACUACUACUCUCUCCCGCGUUCUCAUCGCCUGUUACGUCUGCUUCACACACCUCCAAGCCCCCGCAGCCGAGCUUCAAAAAGAUGACGCCAAAGCUGAAGAAGAAGCCGUUGAAAAUUGUAGAGGAAAUUGCGCCUGACGGGUUGCCGGUCAUCUCUGAUUAUGGCUCCGCCAAACCGCCCUACUCCUACGCGACGUUGAUUGGUAUGGCAAUCCUUCGGUCUGAGGACCGCCGCUUGACGUUGUCUCAGAUCUACCAGUGGAUCAUCGACUCUUUCGGCUACUACCGCAAGAGCGAUGUGGGCUGGCAGAACUCCAUUCGCCACAAUCUCUCUUUAAACAAGGCCUUUAUCAAGGGUGACCGUUCCAAGGACGGUAAGGGCCACUACUGGCUCGUGCAAGACGGCUAUGAAUCGCGCUUCGCCAAGGGCCGGUCGUCAAAAAAGAAUGAGAAAAAAGCACGUACCAAGCCUGAGAAACGCGAUGAGAAACUCAAGUCAUCCUCACCGGCUUCCCAGGAGGACUCGCCGUGUCCCCAAUCCAGUGACGUCUUUGAUGAGGAUUACGAGCCUUCUGUGGAAAAAACUCCAACCCACAAGAUUAUCAGCCAUGACGGUUUUCACGCGUGCCACAUCCCUACGAUGCAGCUGUUGGAUACCCCCAGCCCACGCCCUGGCUUGAAACGCGCGCGUACCACGAUAGGCUUACAGCGCGUGUCGGCUAGCCGUAGCAACGAAGAGGAGUUAGUGCUCAAACGCCCAAAGCUCAACUCUGCAACCUCUACACCAUCCCACUCGUCCCAUUGGUCCCUCUCAGCUGUGGGUGAUUACCACGGAAAACUCCCGGGGAUUCACUUCGACUCACCCAGCGACACACCUGUUUCUCGGUGCUUCUACUCCAACAGCCGCGAUUUGCCUCUUGCAUCGUCUUUCAGUUGCACAUCCAGUAUCGAACUUUCACCUGUGAAGCAGAGCGAAACUGGCCCGCUCUUGGAGCCGUUGACUCCUGCGUCGCGCUUGAAGGUACCUAAGACGCUUCUCCGCACACCGCUCCACUCAAGCGUUCGCACGCCACUCCACUCAGGCAUUCGCACGCCCGGGUCGUCAAUCAUGAAGCGCAUUUGGAAUUCGCCGUCGUAUCUCGAUGACUUUUACACGUCUCCCAGUGUCUCCCGCAACGGUGACGAUGACAUCAUCGCCCGCGCCUGUUUUGGGUCUCCCAAUAAGCGUGAUAUCCGGCGCAAGCAGUAUUGGGACCAUCUGGGGUCCGACAUGGUAGUGUCCGACUUGUUUGGUGUGGACAUUUGCUCUGUGGUGAAGCGUGCUAUCGAAAGCGUCAACCGCACGAACAGUGCCACGGCUGACGGUGACCGCGACUUGACCGAUGAUGAUGGGAAUAACGCGUAAUCUCAUCCCACUACCGUUCCCCCGCACAUUUGUGCCUAUUCUUUAUACGAUUCGUUCGUUGUCUUUUGUUACUAUUUGGGUAAGGUUCUUUAUUUCUAUGUCUACAUUUUUUGUUCUCUUUCUCUAUGUACUAUUUACUUGGUUUCUUUUUUAAUACAGUUCAGGGUCCGC